AUGACGGAUGUCGCCGGAGGACAGCGCGACAAUGUCCAGCAGACCCCUCCUUUACCCCCCGCAUUGCCUAAUGACGACGAUUACGCUUUUCCCGACUUCCGUAUGAAGCCCAAGAUGGAAGACCCGGAAAGGACCCCGUUGAUUCUGGUUGCUUGUGGUUCUUUUUCGCCUAUCACUUAUUUGCAUUUGCGUAUGUUCGAGAUGGCUGCCGAUCAUGCCAAAUUCAACACCAAUUUCGAAGUUGUCGGAGGCUAUCUUUCCCCUGUGUCGGACGCGUAUCGCAAGGCGGGUCUUGCCAGUGCAGAGCAUCGUGUCGCGAUGUGUCAAGCGGCCGUGGAAUCCUCCGACUGGCUGAUGGUGGAUACUUGGGAACCUAGGAAGAAGGAAUACCAACCGACCGCCGUUGUCCUGGACCAUUUUGACUACGAGAUCAACACUGUGCGACAGGGCAUUGACAUUGGAAAUGGCGCUCGGAAGCCCGUGCGGAUUGCCCUCUUGGCCGGUGCGGAUCUGAUUCACACCAUGUCAACUCCGGGUGUCUGGAAUCCAAAGGAUCUGGAUCACAUCCUUGGAAAAUACGAGUCUUUCAUCGUCGAGCGUAGCGGAACAGACAUCGACGAAGCACUCGCUGCCCUGCAACAGUGGAAGGACAACAUCCAUGUCAUCCAACAACUCAUUCAAAAUGAUGUCAGCAGCACCAAAAUCCGAUUGUUCUUGAGACGUGAUAUGAGCGUUCGCUAUUUGAUCCCGGUUCCUGUCAUCAACUACAUCGAGAAACACCAUUUGUACGAAGAGGAUAGGUCGGCCACCGAUAAGGGCAAAGGGACCUCGGUUUGA